AUGAACGGGGAUCCAAGCACUACCGCCGCCUCUUCUGGCGCGUCCCUUACUGGCCUGCAAUCGCAAUCGCACUCACUUACCCAGCCGCCGCGGUCGCAGUCGCAGUCGCAGUCGCAGUCGCAACCGCCAUCAACGUCGUCAUACCCGUCCUCUUCCCUCCCCCUGACCACCUCGAGUCGCACCAGUCCCUUCGCGCCCACCACCCUUGCGCCAACAACCCUCUCCACAACCUACACGAGCUCGAACGUGAUCGCGCCUCCGGCCUCAUCAUCCAUGGCAGCCGUCUACUACCAACCGCAUCAGCCCAUCGGCCCACCCCUCUCGGCAGCGACACCAUCGCAUCCAUCGUCAUUCGCGCAAUCCUUCGAGAGGGAUGCGCCAAACCCCAUCGGAACCCGUCAGCCCGCCGUUGACCAUGCCGUCCUCGUCCAACGAUUGCCUCCUGAGACCACCGAGCAGAACCUGCGGGUCAUGUGCAUAUUCUCCGACGAACUGCUGGACGUCAACAUGCUUGGCGUGACAGCAGAGCCCGAUGGCGACUACUGCUCCGCUGUCCUCCGGUUCAAGUCCUUCGACGGCGCCCAAGAGGCACAGACUAUACUGAACGGGAAGAAGGGAAUGCGUGUCGACCACCUCGGCCUCAGAGGACCUGUUACUGGUGACAGGAACAAGUCCGGUCCAUCCAGCGGGGCAUCUUCGACAACCUCUCCCGGGACCGCCGCGACACAGCCGCCACGUUUCGAUGGCACGUUCUCGCCGCUUGAGAAGACCUCGCCCUCGAUCAACGGCAACUACGUCACCAGCGACUUCCCCGGUGCGAAGCCCAAUUACAAUUACAAGAACUUCUUCUCGCCACAGUCGCCCAUCGGAAAUCAUCUUAGCGAGCAGCCUCGCAACACUGGCAAGAGCCUGAUCAAUGAUGCCACCGACGACGACGACGACACCGGAGACAUCCUCCAACUUCCUCGCGCUUUCGGAGAGAACGGUUCUGUGCCAGCCCAGCGCCGAGCGACUGCCCCCCAGAUCCCCAUAAUGGAGAGAAUGGGGUCCCUGUCCCUCAACACAGGCCCGCCGAAUGGAGCGCCCGCGUCUCAGCGCGGGCAUGGACAGCCCAGCACGUAUCAGCCGCACUCGGCCCACCCGAACACCAUGUCCCCUACAGCUUUGAACGGUACCAACGGGCAUUAUCAGACGGGCCCGGUACAAUGGCGCACGCACGUUCCGCCUCCUGCGAACCCUGCCGACAUGAACCCCCCUUGCAACACCCUCUACGUUGGCAACCUGCCCAUGGGCAGCUCAGAGGACGAGCUUAAGGGCAUAUUUUCCAGGCAGCGCGGUUACAAGCGAUUGGCACUCCAUGACCUGUAUGGGUAUCCGCUCACCACCAGUGUGAAGGGUGGCAUCCGACUGAGCUUUUCAAAAAAUCCUCUUGGUGUCCGAACCCCUCAGCCCCCUGGGCAGGGCCCAUCGGGACCUCUAGCCGGGCCCAACGGGCUCAUGAAUCACUCGACGAACGGGUUUGCAUCCGCCGGGCCUCCUCCUGGACUCGCCGCGCCACCAGGCCUCAACGGGAGCCGUACGACCGGGCCGUACCCUGCUUCUGCCGUGCAGAAUAGUUCGAAUCCGAGCUCAUCUUAUCCGCCUUCGACCAUGCCUAAUGGGUCGAGCGCGUUCGGCAACAGUGGCGGUGCACCUAGCUACGGAGGGAAUGCGUGGGGCUCUAACAGCUACUUUACCUCUGCGCCGAUUGCUGCGCCCAACGGCAUCACCUCUCCUCCACCGAUGGCUGGGGCCCCCAACGGAUCUGCCGGCUUCAACACGUACAGACGGGGCCAAUUCUAG